UCCAGCGCGCCGCGGUGGAAAAAGUUUCGUGUGGAGAUGGAGCGGACGGCAAGUCGCUGAUGUUUGUGCGAUUCUCGACACGAAAAACCCAUUAAAUUGACUAAAACUCGAGCGGAACUUUUCUCUUUAAAGUCGCGCGAGUUUUAACUGUGAGGAUUUUAAUUUUUGGACGAAUUUUUCGGUUUAAAAAAUGUCGCAGCCAGCUCGCGCUGUGUGGCUCGCGCUGUUUUAUUUUCUCUGUUCGGGAUUUAAAGUGAUUCACGGCGACUCGGAUGGGUCGGAACCGGACUCCUGUCCGUCUGUGUGCUCGUGUGCGGGGUCUUUGGCGGAUUGUAGUCGGUUAAAACACGGCAGAAGUGUGGAGAGACUCCCCGCGUGGAUCACGCGUCUGGAUCUGAGCCACAACAGGUUACGCACGUUUCCAGAAGCUCUGUCCUCCAGUCUGCCGCACCUCACUGAGAUAAAACUUAACAACAAUGAGUUUGAGUCGAUACCAGAUUUGGGUCCAAGCGCUGUGAAUCUGAGCAGUCUGAUUCUAGCGAACAACAAAAUCUCCAGAAUAUAUUCAGACCGCCUCGCUUCUCUGGACACCCUGGAAACGCUGGACCUUAGCAACAACAAUAUAAUGGAAGUGCGAUCCGGAGCUUUUCCUCCACUCCCUCUCAAAAACUUGUUUCUGAACAGUAAUCGAAUCUCUCUUCUGGAGCACGGCUGUUUCAGUAAUGUGUCUGGAUCACUGCUGGUGUUACAGCUCAAUAAAAAUCGUCUGAACUCCAUCCCUGCUAAAUUCUUCCAGCUGCCUCACCUUCAGCAUCUGGAGUUGAGCAGGAACCGUGUGAGGCGCGUGGAGGGUUUGACGUUUCAGGGGCUUCACAGUCUGCUCUCGCUGAAGAUCCAGAAGAACGGCAUCACUCGACUCAUGGAUGGAGCUUUCUGGGGUCUCAGUAACAUGGAAGUUCUGCAGUUGGAGUAUAAUAACCUGACGGAGAUCAAUAAGGGUUGGCUCUACGGUCUUCGCGCGCUACAACAGUUGCAUCUCUCACACAACAGCAUCAGUCGCAUUAAACCCGACUCGUGGGAGUUCUGCCAGAAACUGGCCCAGCUUGAUGUGAGCUGGAAUCACUUGAGUCGCUUGGAUGAAGGCAGUUUCAUGGAUCUUAGUGUUCUGGAGCAGCUCAGCGCUGGUGACAAUCACAUCAGUUUCAUCGCAGAUGGAGCGUUCAGAGGUCUCACCAGUCUGCAGACGCUAGAUCUGAGGAGUAAUGAGAUCUCGUGGACUAUUGAGGACAUGAACGGGCCGUUCUCUGCUCUGGAUAACCUAAGGAAACUGUUCCUGCAGUGGAAUCGAAUCCGAUCCGUCACCAGAAAAUCCUUCACGGGUCUGAACCUGUUGGAGCUGCUGGACUUGAGUAAUAAUGCCAUCAUGUCUCUUCAAGCUAACUCUUUCUCUCAGAUGAGUCGACUGUCAGAGCUGCACCUGAACACGUCCAGUCUGCUGUGUGACUGCCAGCUGAAGUGGUUUUCUCUGUGGGUGGCCGACCAUUCGUUUCUUCCGCUGGUGAACGCCAGCUGCGCCCAUCCGCUCAUGCUGAAGGGUAAAAGUGUUUUCACUGUCGCUCAGGACGAGUUUGUGUGCGACGAUUUACCCAAACCUCAGAUCACCGUCCAGCCGGAGACUCAGUCUGCCAUCAAAGAGACAAACGUGUCGUUUGUUUGCUCGGCCGCCAGCUCCAGUGACUCGCCCAUGACAUUCGCCUGGAAGAAAGACAACGAGAUUCUGAACGAUGCUGAGAUUCAUAACCAGGCUCACGUGAGAUCUCAGGCUGGAGAGGUGAGCGAGGUGACUGAAUACACCACCACCCUGCAGCUACGCUCUGUUGAGUUCUCCAGCGAGGGCAAAUAUCAGUGUGUCAUCUCCAACCACUUUGGAUCCUCAUACUCCAACAAAGCCAAACUGACCGUAAACAUGUUGCCGUACUUCACGAAAAUGCCGAUGGAUCUGACGAUUCGUGCGGGGGCUACGGCCCGUCUGGAGUGUGCUGCCAGUGGACAUCCAUCGCCUCAGAUCGCCUGGCAGAAAGACGGAGGAACUGAUUUCCCAGCCGCACGUGAGCGGCGAAUGCACGUCAUGCCAAAAGAUGACGUGUUCUUCAUUGUGGAUGUGAAGACUGAAGAUAUCGGUGUGUACAGCUGUACGGCUCAGAACACUGCUGGGUCUGUUUCUGCUAAUGCUACACUAACUGUACUGGAAACCCCAUCAUUCCUUAGACCUCUGAUGGAUCGUACUGUAGUAAAGGGAGAGACCGCAGUGCUUCAGUGUAUCGCCAGCGGCAGUCCACCUCCACGGCUCAAUUGGACUAAAGAUGACAGUCCUCUUCUCGUCACAGAGCGCCACUUCUUUGCCGCUGGAAAUCAGCUCCUCAUCGUCGUGGACGCGGCAGAGGCUGACGCGGGAACAUACACCUGUGAGAUGUCCAAUCCGCUGGGCACUGAGCGAGGAAACGUCCGUCUGUCCGUCCUCCCCAACCCCAACUGUGACUCUGGUUCAGCUGGCGGUGGGGCGUUGGGCUCUAGAUCAGCUGGGGGUCUGGAAGACGACGGCUGGACCACUGUGGGGAUCGUGAUCAUCGCUGUGGUCUGCUGCGUGGUGGGCACGUCUCUUGUGUGGGUGGUGAUCAUAUAUCACACGCGCAGACGCAACGAGGACUGCAGCGUCACUAACACGGAUGAGACGAAUCUGCCUGCCGAUAUCCCGAGUUAUCUGUCCUCUCAGGGGACGCUAGCAGAGCGCCAGGACAGUUAUAUUCAAUCAGAUAACAGCAGCGGACAUCAUUACAUGAGCGCCUCCGUCGGAGGAUUUUACAUCCCACCCAAAGAUUUAAACAGUCUGUGUCGGUUGGACACUGGAAGUGAAGGAGACAUGGAGGUGGUGAUUGACUCACUCCUGUGUCAGUAUCAGACGAGAGGAAACCAGUACAACACAGAACUCCCCGAAUCCUACAGCGACCAGCCGCUUGUGUGUAGAGACUCAUACAGCAGCUGCAGGACAAGAGAUUUCUACACCUGCAGGUCAUCACUCCCCAUUGAACCUGUGGAUCAUGUGAUGCAGCUCUCGAACACUGGUGUUCAUAUGCAGACAGAUCAGUUCUGUGUGGAUGACUGUGACCGAGGGAGCUGCUCUGGAUCAUAUAUGGGUACGUUUGGUAAAGUGCCAUGGAGAACACAGCAGGAGCUCUGCUCUUACAACAGAGUUGAUCUUCAUGAGAAUUCAUACACCGCCAUGAACACAAACUCUGAUCGUGAGGAGGAACACACGAGCCGUACGCUCACAGAAGACUCCAGCGCUGGUGUGUAUGAGCAACCCUUUGACAACAGGACGAUAGAGAGGUUUCCUGCUCCCCAGACAGGCUCUUAGCAGCGCACAAGCCGCAGUCAUGUGACUUUAUAAACCCUUUCCUCUCUUCAACCAAUCCCCUGAAAUCUUCUACCUCAGAGUGAACUCUACAUCUGAAUGUAACCAGAGAGUGAUGGAGACAUUUGUACAAAGAUAUAGAAUAUAAAUACAUUUUAUACAGAAGUGUUGUAUGUUGUAAAUUAAAAGCAUAAAUAUGAUCCGUUUAUUUUUCCUACUAUUGUUCCUUCAUGUGUCGUGUGUAGACCGGAGUCAAACAUGUCAUUUAUAACAGCGUCUCAUUGGAGAUGAUUUGAGGAUCAGUCUGACAGAUAUCUGUGUUUGAUGCAGAUUCAUGAUUCUCUGUCGAUUUGCUUUGUGUUUUAAAUAAAGCUGCUGUUUGCACAGA